AUGUCUUUCUCCAACACAGACACUGGCUCGAAGAACGCCGACCCAUACACUGCGAAGAACCAAGAGGAGCCAUCGCUCAAGGAGAAGGUUGAGGACUUCACCCAGUUCGUCAGCAAGACCAAGUUCUGCCUCUUGACCACAAAGGCUGCUGGCACGGAUGGUCUGCUCGUAAGCCGGGCCAUGGCUGUGGCCGGUCAGGAGGGCAAGGGCGUCGACCUCAUCUUCCACACCAACACCGAGUCCGGCAAGACGGACGAUCUUGACAGCAGCCCCGACGUCAACGUUGGCUUCAUUGAUUCCGCAGGCGAGUGGGCGUCGAUCUCAGGCAAGGCCAAGAUCGAGACCGACCGGGCUCGCGUCCGUGAGCACUAUUCUCCGGCGCUCAAGGCGUGGUUGGGAGACCUCGGCGAUGGCAAGCACGACGGUGGCCCAGAGGACCCUCGCAUUGGACUCAUCCGCGUGAGUGCCAAGACGAUCACGUACGCCAUCUCGAGGAAGAACUUCAUAUCCUCGGCGAUUGAGGUUGCCAAGGGUGCGGUCACCGGAGAAUCACCACAGGUGAACAAGCUGAGACACCUCGAGGAGUCUGAGCUUCAGCAAUGGCGAUCGUCGUAG